CACUAUAUACUCUUUUGUUUCCUUGACCUCCGCAACACAAUGGCCUCCUCCUUUCACAACCUGAUCUUUGCAUUCCUUUUCCUUUUGCCGCAUGUUUUCGCCGCGAAAAACUCCGGUGAAUCGGAGAAUGCGAGGCUCACGCACCUGCACUUCUACCUGCACGACACCCUGAGCGGCCCGCGCCCGUCCGCGGUCCGGGUCGCGGGGCUCUCGCCAAAGAACGCGACGGCGACGACGUCCCUCGGGUUCGGCGACAUCGUCGUGAUCGACGACCCGCUGACGGAGGGCCCGAGCAUCAGCUCGGCGCUCGUCGGCAGGGCCCAGGGGUUCUACGUGCACGCGUCGACGGAAGGCAUUGCUCUAGAGAUGGUGGUGAACCUGGUGCUCCUCCGGGGGGAGUACAACGGCAGCACGCUGGUGGUGGUCGGCCGGAACGCGGUGCUCGAGAUGACACGGGAGUUUGCGGUCGUCGGAGGGAGCGGGUCGUUCCGGUUGGCGCGUGGCUGGGUUGUCGACAAGACCUACGCCGUCGAUCCGAAGACCGGCGACGGCAUCUUCGAGUUCGAUGUCUACGUGCAGCACUAAACUUGUUUUGGAGAUUUGAGUGUUUCUUUUCUCAGAAGUUGCGGAAUAACAAUGCACCUGCAAUGAGAUGUGCUUUUGCAGGUGUUCAUAGCUUGUUUUUCAAGUUCCUUCACCAGGUUUGUUUGUGGUUAACACUUUUAAAAAUAGUUGCUUGUUGAAUUAUUUGGAUAAUUGUUAACUAUGCAUCAAGUGUGAUUAAGGCAGUGUAAAUUAAUAAUCAGCUUCUUAAACAUAGAGUAA